UCUCUCUCUCUCUAAAAUUUGUCCCCACAAAACUACCCAAAUCUUUCUCUGUUUCAUAGCACAGUGAGUAUGCUGUCUUGGGUUAUGGCUUUUUUUUUUGGGUGGUGGAGUUAUCGCACAUGGCAAUCUCAGAGGAAUAGAAAGUUGAGAGCUUUAGUUCGCAGAGAAACUAUUACCUGGGUUCUUUUCAACAAACCUAUUAUGGGUUUUCGCAACAAACUAUAUUGUCAUUGCUUUUCUUACACUGUUUGUGGGUCUUGGCUAAUCUAACUUCUUCUUUGUUCUUGCUUCAAGCUAUCUUUAAUUCCCUUAAUAGAGUAAAUUAUUCAUCUUUGCUGUUUUCCUUUUUCUAAAUUUAAUUUCUCCAUCAUCAUUGAGGGAGUUGUGAGAUUUGGUGCUUUUUGAGAUUUGGUGCUUUUUGAGAUGGGUGCCGUGGUGCCAGUCAUUCUUCAGCUGGUGAAACUGUGUGCCAUUGCCAUUGUUUUCACUAUUCAAGGAUCUACAGGAUACAAUUUUUCCCCAUCUCCAGCAAGUUUUUCUGAGAUUCCUUCUACCGAAGGAGCACCUGCUCCCAUAAGAAGGCCAUUCAGAAGCAAUGUGCCAAGCCCAGUGUCUCAGCCAAAUGAGCUUCAUCAUGGACAAUACAGGAUCAGAUUUACCUCCUCCAUUUGCAUUACCACCAGCCAUGCCUCCUCCUUUGCCCCAGGAAAUUAGAGGGCCCGUACCAUCCUAUUCACCUAGCAGUCCAAUAGCAAGGACACCAGAUAAUAAGGCUCCUCCGCCAUUAAUUUUUGAAGAACAUGGGCCAUCACUGUCACCGCGUAUUCCCAUUGUAUCUCCACCAUAUAAUAUUGCGCCUCCACCAUCAAUUGCUGAAGGACAGAAAGCAGCCAUGCCUCCGAAUGCUUCUCAAGGAAACAAACCAAUUAGACACAUUCCUGUUUCCGUGCCAGUUACAGCAGCUACAAAGAAUUUACCUCAUGAUUCACCAAUUAUCCAUCCAAGUGCACCUGUAACUUUACCAAUCAUCCACCCAAGUGAACCUGAAAUUUCACCACCUAGUACUCAUCAUGGUAAUGCAACAUUUAGUGGGGCUCCAAUUCCACCGUCAGUUUUACCAGUUGCAUCUCCACCAAGGAAAUUGGGAAGAAACAAGCCAUCAGUCCAUCCAAUUGCACCAGCAAUAAUGCCGUCUGUAUCACCUGAAGCAGUUCCAGUUGUAUCGCCAAUAGGACAACUGCCACAAAAUUCACCAGAAAUUCACCCUGUUAUACCUGGAGAAGCGCCUUCUACAGCCUCAGGUCCUGAUACCUAUCAUGCAUCAACUCCUCCCCCAAGCAUUGAAUGGAAAAAGGAUGGUAUUCCAGUUGCCGCACCACCAGAUGAAACAUCCAAACCUUUACCAUCUGCAAACCAUUCACCAUCCAAAGGUUCCUUUUCUGCUGUAGCUCCUUCAACACACAAAGCCAUAAGACACCCAAAUGAUGCUCCAGUUCCAUCUUUAUCUUCUCCUACAUCUCCUUUAAAUAAAGGGCUCCGCUCUCCUGCAUCUUCACCUUCUAUCCCAUUUCAUAAGCAGAACCAUGCAAGGACCAAAUUCAAUAGGCCUGCUUCUUCAUUAUCUGCUCCCCCUUCAGAACAGCAAGGUCCAGCUAUCUCUCCAUCAUUUCUUCCAACAAAUAGGCAACCACACUCUGCUUCUCCACCCCUUAGUCCAGCUUCUGCACCACAUCACCCCUAUCCCUCUUCUACACCAGUUGCCAAUGUCUCACCUGCUCCUUCGCCCUCUCCAACAGUGGCAUCUGGCUGGACCAGAAUGCCUGUACUUUCCCCUAAAGUUUCUCCUGGAUCUUCAUCAAGGAGUUCAAAAAUGCCUCCUCCCCCACUAGUUCAAGCAUUGCCACCUCCACCUCCUAAUGAAGAUUGUUCAGCAACUGUUUGCGUGGAGCCAUACACAAAUACUCCUCCUGGAUCUCCAUGUGGAUGUGUCUUGCCCAUGCAAGUUGGACUGCAACUCAAUGUUGCACUAUAUACCUUUUUCCCUUUGGUUUCAGAGCUUGCGCAGGAAAUUGCUGCUGGUGUUUUUAUGAAACAAAGUCAAGUUCGAAUUAUGGGAGCCAAUGCUGCUAGCCAGCAACCAGAGAAUACCAUUGUCCUCAUUGACUUGGUUUCCCUUGGAGAUAGAUUUGAUAACACAACUGCCUUUUUAACUUAUCAGAGAUUCUGGCAUAAACAAGUAGUAAUAAAAGCUUCAUUUUUUGGUGAUUAUGAAGUAUUAUAUGUGCGGUAUCCAGGUUUACCCCCAUCUCCACCUUCAGCACCUUCUGGCAUUACUAUAAUAGAUGAUGGGCCAUAUUCUGGCGAUAACAACAAGUCAAGGACAAUAAAGCCCCUUGGGGUUGAUGUACAGAAAAGGCAACAAAAAGAUGGGCUUGGUGCUGGCAUAAUUGCUAUUAUUGCCCUGUCAGCUUCUGUAGCACUAGUUUUAUGCUCUGCAGUUGCUUGGGUGUUGCUGGUUAGGCAUAGAGGCCGCACUAGUCGACCAACAACAACUCUGCAUCCUUUGCCACCUUCAAUUGCAAAACCAUCAGGUACAACUGCGUCAAUGAUUGGAAGUGGUCUCAGUUCUGCUUCCUUGUCAUUUGGAUCUAGUAUUGCACCUUAUACUGGAUCGGCCAAGUCCUUCAGCACAAAUGAUAUAGAAAGAGCUACAAAUAACUUCGAUGCUUCGAGAAUACUUGGGGAAGGGGGCUUUGGGCGUGUUUACAGUGGUACUUUGGAAGAUGGGACCAAAGUGGCAGUUAAAGUUCUGAAGAGGGAUGAUCAACAGGGUGGUCGAGAAUUCUUGGCAGAGAUCGAAAUGCUUAGCCGUCUUCAUCACAGAAAUCUGGUCAAGUUGAUUGGUAUAUGUACAGAGGAGCGUGCACGCUGCUUGGUGUAUGAACUUAUACCAAAUGGCAGUGUGGAAUCUCAUUUGCAUGGGGCUGAUAAGGAAUCUGCUCCGCUUGAUUGGGAUGCACGGGUCAAGAUAGCACUUGGUGCAGCUCGAGGUCUUGCUUAUCUCCAUGAAGAUUCAAGUCCCCGUGUCAUACACAGGGACUUCAAGGCUAGCAACAUCUUGUUAGAACAUGAUUUCAUGCCAAAAGUGUCUGACUUUGGUUUGGCCCGAACUGCUAUGGAUGAGGAGAACAGACACAUAUCAACCCGUGUAAUGGGGACUUUUGGGUAUGUGGCUCCAGAGUAUGCAAUGACUGGUCAUCUUCUUGUAAAGAGUGAUGUAUAUAGUUAUGGUGUAGUCCUUCUGGAGCUUUUAACUGGAAGAAAACCCGUUGACAUGUCACAGCCACCUGGUCAAGAGAAUCUAGUUGGAUGGGCCCGUCCACUUUUAACAAGUAAAGAAGGGCUGGAAACAAUUAUUGAUCCGUCUCUAGGACCUGAUGUCCCUUUUGACAGUGUAGCCAAAGUAGCAGCUAUUGCUUCAAUGUGCGUGCAACAGGAGGUAUCGCACCGUCCUUUUAUGGGGGAGGUCGUACAGGCGUUAAAACUAGUAUGUAACGAGUGCGAUGAGGCAAAAGAAGUAGGUUCAAUGAGUUCCAGCCAGGAUUUAUCUGUUGAUAUGGAUGUUGGAGUCAGUGCAGGCAGAGGAAAGAUGUCAGAUCCUUUCCAAACCCAAACUAUAGUACCGGAUUAUGAUUCUGAGCCAGAUAUAGAGAGGGGUCUAUCGAUGUCAGGUUUGUUGAGUACAUCAGUCAGGAAUGGGAGGCAGGCAUCAGGAUCAUUUAGGAGAUACUCUAGUUCAGGUCCGUUGAGAACAGGGAGGGGCAGACAUUUGUGGCAGAGAAUGAGGAGAUUGACACGAGAAAGUGUGAGUGAACACGGCUUCAUCUUGGGACGAUGGCCAGGUUCAAAUUGACAAUUAGAACAUAAUUUUUGUCCAAAUUUCAAAUUCUUAAUUUGAAGCGUGGAUUUAGUACUCCAUGCAAACAAGAAUGGCUUCCAGCCGUCUGGACCAGCAAAACAACGAAUCAGAUGCACCUUAUCAGUGUCGAACUUGAAGGUGACAAGAGAUGGCCCAAUGCAAUGCUUUCAUUUUCCAUACUACAUUGAACUUUCAGAUUUGCUGGUAAUAAAACAAUCAAUGGGGUUAAAAUCUUGAUGCAGCGUAAAAUAUGGGGAAUCCCUGCAUGUAUUUAUGAAGAAAAAGGAAUUGCCAUAUUACUGGAAGAUAGAUUUCUUUUCAAAUGUCAUGAAAAGCAUUUGUACGCUACUUUCAGAAAGCAUUCAAUUUGCAAGUAGUAUAACAAAUCUGUACGUGUAUACAAAGUGAUCAUAUAUGGUUUCAUGCUUGAUGGGUGCCACGGUACUGGCAAUACCAUUUGUUUCUGACCCA